AUUCACAAUAUAAUAAGAGUUCACAAUUGGGCAAAUUUCCAACGCUAAUCAAGCAUUGAAAUUUCGCGUGCAAGCCGCUUUCAAUCUCUUGGAAAAGACACCCCUCUGAGUUUUGGAAGUAAUUUGAGAUCAUAAGGAGCUCAACAACCCAAGUUGACAAAAGAUUGCAUGCUUCGAACUGCUUAUAGUGGCAAAGGUUACUGUGCCUAAGGGCGACUUCAGUGCCAAAAUGCGACUGCUUCUGUUUACGAUUGAAUCGCUGAAUGAUGAAUCAUGAUUAAUAGCCCUUACACAAAGAACAAUGGAGCCUUUGCAAUAAUUGCCUUUCUUUAUGGUUUAGAAGGUAUAUAUAAGCGCCCCGGUACGUGCCCUCAAGGAGCUAAAUGUCCGCAAAUAAUCUUCUAGAGGACAUCUUUCAAAAGAAGAAAGUAAAAAAUGAGCGUGUGUAUGUGAACGAGCUUUUAUUCUCUGCUAAAACUUUCCAUCACUGAACCAAAAGCAUGAAAAAAUGCUUGCCUAAAGUUUCGGUUUCUGACAGUAACCGAACCUCAGCUUUGCGGUUCUUGCUGGUGCAGUGCUCGACAUCUUCGGCUACGGAGUUACGUAAUUGCCUUCGCUUCGGUAUGAACAAAGAAAUAUUUUCUCAGUGUUCUAAUAUUGCUAUUUUCGAUUUUUAUAUAAAGCACCGAUUUAGGUGACUAAGUAUAGGAAUGAACCACCUGCUGAUCGAAUCGCAUUUUCCCGAGUCGAGAAGAGCAAGUUUAAAAGCGACCCCUAUAGUGUAACCUGGACAACAUUAAUAAAUAUUUAGGGUCCACCAAGGACAAAGACUAUAGCGAUUGUAAAUACAACAUUAAAAACCUCAAUUUAACACCUCUUUUAGCCGUGUAUGCGUUGUGUUAAUCGUUUGCUUGGGCAAAGGCUAAUCGUUCCUUAUUCCUAGAUGACUGACAUUUUGACUAAUCCGGGCAGGGCUACAGCGCAUGCUUUGUAUAUUUCUAAUGAUCGUCAUGACAACGCUUGCGUCGCCACAUAAUAGCCCUGGCAUGUAACUUCAAUGCUAAAUUGUAUGCGUUUGAAAAAUUCUCGCGUGGGCCGAGUCGGAUAUUGCAAUUGUACACAAAAGGCAGAAAUAUCCCGACCGCUUCCCUGUACGUGCGUAUUUUUGUUACGCUUUUACGUCGUCGUGUAUCAAGUUUCAACAUUGGUCUCAUGAUGGACGCAUUUUGUCGAUUUCCGGGUUAUAAAUUCGUUCUAUUAAAUAGUAACUAAUCUCGCGAUUAACCGAAUGAUACUAACUGAAUGAAAAUAUCUCAUAUUCACAUCCGGUUGGGGAGGACGACUGUAUCAAUAGCAUCAUUGAUAAGCAGCGAGGAUAGAAUAUGGUGUACCAGCCACUCGGUAACUGAAUGGUUUUUCGGCCAGACGGAGCUUGUGACUAUCGUUCGUCAACUUUGAUAAAUGAAAUGGUAAAUGUCUGCGAUGUGGCACACUGGUUUCGCGACGCAACCUCGGAUAGGCGCUUGGAGGCCCUAUGUCGCCUUUUAGAUUGCUGUAUGCCAUUGGAAUUACAGUUCCUCAAGACGUACUUAGACGAAUUGUUGAGACGAAAUUUUGUUGGGAAUCAGCACGUUGACUCGGCUAUGCCAGAGUUGCACGAGAUUACCGAUUCGACAUGCCGUCGACAGUUGUGCCUGAUACUAACUCGUCUCAAAACGGCGAACGUCCUGGCCGGCUGUGUUUAUAAUAUUUUGAUACAAUACAAUUUUAGCGAAUUUUUUUCGCGUGUUAUGGUUAUGGAAGAGGAGUUGGUCGAUGAGAUAUUAUUGUUAUUCACAUUGGCCGCUAACCACCCAGCGAUGUCGUUUUCCCAGCGACGUAACCUGCAUCAGCGACUCAGAGACCUACGUGAAACUAUUGAGAAAUCCUUCAAGUGUUACCACGCUACUGAUGUUUGCUUGCAACACAAUCGAGAAUAUGUAUGCAAACCUCUUGAGAAAUCAAGCACCGAAGAAUCGAUGAGCUCAAAUGAGCAACGACCAAUGACCGAAAUGCCGAGCACUGAGCCAAAUAUGCAACCUGCCGAGAACGUCGAGAAACCCGAUGUCUCUGCUACUGAGAAUACUUCUGACGUCCAUAUAAAAGACUUACGAAUUGUCCGAGUUCAACAAAGACCGUUUGACAAGAAAUAUGAAUACAUUUUUGAGGUGACGUGGUCAAAUGGAAAAUUGGUAAGAAUUCAUCGCGCUUAUGGAGAAUUAUUCGACUUUCAGUGCAAGCUUCGCCGACGUUACUCCAAAGAAAUUAGCAAAAUGACGGAAAGAAAAGUGAUUCCCUAUCUCCCAGCCCGUAGACCGAUCAAAUUCUGCAAAGGAAAUCAAAUUUUACCAGAUAUAACGCACUAUGUGAGAGAAUUUACAAAGUUGCCAGAAAAGUUGCUGCACAGCGAACCGGUGGAAAACUUCUUCAGCGAUGGAACGGAAAAGAAAAUGGACGAGAAACCACAGGCUUCCAAAACGAAACCAAACUCCACCAAUGAGAAGAUUGAUCACACAAACGUCGCGAAUAAGCAACAUACCGAUAUGUCACGUGUCGGUGUGGAUGUGAAAACGGAAAAAGGAGCUGGACCGAUAAGGAAUCAUUCACCUAAAGGAAAAUUUCCAACUUCUUGUCCCGGAAAAAAAUUCAACAACAAUGCAAGACGACCUCCUCUUAGCCCAAAGGCAAAAGAAGCCACUAAACCAAAAGCUAUCAUCCAUCAUCAGCCGAAAACCAUUUUGAAGCCACCAAACGCGUCAUCUCCUAAAUCGUCAACACACACGGGUAAUGACGAGAACAAAAAAGAUGCCCUUGCAACGCUUAAUGAAGAACAUUUAUCGACAGAAAAUUCAAAAAGAACUAUCGCCGAGAGUACGCCUCCCAAAACAGGUUGUGAUCACGAUUCCAGCAGCGAAGAUGCGUUUACAAAUUGUUCGGUAACAACAAACGAUUUACAUACGGAAAAACAUAUAGAUUCACGGACGUCAAAUGAAUGUAACGUAAUGGAAAAAACACAACAACAGUCACCUCAUCCGUCUCCUCAACAAGCGACGUCAUCCGGUGAAAUGCAGCGAUCAACUGCUUUGUCAUCGUCGCCAUUAACGAACGUGACGACAUCACCAUUAGUGAUAACCACGGCAGAAAAUAUUCUUUCUACAUAUACUUCAACGUCAUCGUCAAGAACAACGACAUCACCGUUAAAUACUUCGCCUGAAGUAUCGGUCGUCACUUCAACGCCUCCGAUUACGAUACUUACGUCAUCGGAAACCACGCCAUCGAUUGUGUCGUCUUCCACAGACACUUCACCGCCACCGAUGUCGUUAGAAUCAGCGACAAAGACACCAUCGGCUGCGCUAUUGCCAGUGACGUCAAACGUAAUGUCGUCAUUAUCGAUGCUGUCACUCACUACAUCAUUCGUUUCAAAUAUGGCGUCAUCUACAACCUCAUCGCCUUCUUCAGAUAUGAUUACGUCAUUCGUCGCACCUACUUCAACUCGUACACCACCUGAAUCACCCCUGACCGUAUCCGUCCCAGUCUCCUCGCCAUCUUUCGUUUCAACAUUUUCAACGUCUAGACAAUUAUCCAGCGAUGGUUCGUUCGCCUCGACGAGCUCUCCAAUCGUUCAAAGAACGUCUGAGGGAAGUGACUUGAAUGUUUCUUUCGAUCAACAUCAUUCCAACGGUUCAACGUGUUUAUCGUCAGGAGGAUUUAGAUCGUCCGAUCCGCAAUUAUGUACGUGUGAUCCGUUUGAUCACCAAGAUUUGCCUGAAGACCAGGGAUUUGAUCUGUGCGAUGAUGAAAUGGAAGCAGUUAAAUUAGAAAGAAAUAUGGAAAUACAGAGAUCAACGACUGCCAUUGAUCGCUCAAGGUUAACUCCAGUUUCUGUCAAGAAUGGAUACACGAGGCACCAUCACCACAAUGUAUCGCAACACGGUCUACUCAUAGUUCCUAAUGGCUAUCACCACAUACCAACAGACACUAGUCUACAUUACAAUGGUUACGGCUGCCAUCUGGCAGAACAAAAUAACGAACAAAUGUUUUACGAAGACACUUUCGUGACGGACGCUGCGAAAACGAACGAUAAAAAUUGUAACUAUAUUUUUCAAAAUGGCGGAUCCGAACAAACGCUGGAUUUCAAUUCAAACACGCCUUACCAAUGCAAGUACACGCCCCAUUUAAACGGAUUUUCAAAACUUUCCUGUUACAACUGUGGAGAACGUGGCCAUCUUGGGAAUCAGUGCACCGCACCAGAAUUAGAAGAAUCCAUAAUCUCUUGAGGGCCAGCCUCGUGCAGAACCGAAGAACUCCGAACGUGGAAAAAAGCCAAACAAAUCCGUGGAACAUCGGCGAAAACGGAGGUAAUAUUUCCAUUUUCAGUAAAUCCUAAAUGCACAAAUUUUGCCUUGAGAUUCGGUUAGGAUUAGAGUAAAUUUAGGAUUAGGGGCUGAACUCAAAUCAACUACUAAAACCUAAUCUAAUACCUAACCCCUAUACCCAACUCUAACCCUAACCUAACCUUAAAGGUAAAGUCGUGUAUUUCGGAUAUACUUAAUGUGGAAUUAUUACCGGAAAUAAAAUGGAAAACACAAAGAGGACGGUUAGAAGGUUUACUUAGGAUAAUAUCUCGUUAAAUAUCCUAAAAUUCUCGCCAGACUCAAUGCAACGUGGUUUAUAUAAACCAGGCCAAUAAUGCCGAAAUUAUUUACCGCAUUUGAAGUUUUAGAUCCAGAGUGAACCUUAGCAUUACAAAGGGAACGGAAAAGAGGACUUUUUAAACAAUGCUGAAUCGAGUAACAGACACAGUUUGGAGAAUUUUUUGUUAGAAUUUUUAAACAUUAUUUGUAGUACAGUUCAGGGAUUCAGUGGUAUGAUUGGGAAAUUAAUUGAUUAUGCCAGAGAAGGUAAAGAUAAUGGAAUCAACAUGAACAAAAUGAUAAAUCAAGCAUUUUGGCCAAGGCCUAAUUGCUUCACUGACAUGCAGUCGUUAUGAACAGCAAUCUCAAAGAAACGGGCCUCAAAUAGUGGGUUAAUCAGGUUACCUGUUAAUUAAGAAGGCCAUUGCAGCGUUUUUUCCCGCGCGAUGGAUUCAAUCCCGUAUUGGUGGGGCCUGUUUCAAUUUUAAAAUCCCUGAUAAAACGAAUGCGAAUUCUUUUGAAACAUAUUCACUCAUGCAUGGCCUAAGGUGUAAAAACAUAAGACAUAUUUGGUAGAAAUUUUUCACGCACUCUAUCGAUUUUAGAAAUAUACAAGAAACCGUCAAAAACAUUGUUAAUUUUAGCCGUAGCUGAAAUGUACGAAUUCCACAAGCUAGUUUACAAUUAUAACCGAACGUUCUCUUAAUAUAUGGCGUCGUAAUAUAGAAAAAAUCAUUUAACUUAUUUAUGUAAAUUAUGCAUUACCAUUUUAGUUCUAUAUAUAUAAGUUCGUUAGAUUGUGAAAUUGGAUCUAUAGAAAGUUUGAAUUUCAAUAUAGAAAAUUAUUUUAUU